GUUAGGCAGAAUUUCCUGACAAGCUUGCUGCUAACAUGGACCAAGAAGUGGUGGGCUACAUUGUCCUUCUGGUCAUUGUCACUCUUUUAAGCGUCGUCCAAAAUGCCUUUUUUGCAAGCAAAGUUGAACAGGAAAGCAAGAGUAACACAGGCAAAAUUAUUCAGCGGGGUGGUUCAUCUGCCUUUGAGCGUGUCUUUACUGCCAGCCAAAACUGCAGAGAUGCCUAUCCGACCUUCCUUGCCGUGCUUUGGUGUGCUGGGUUGCUGUGUAGCCAAGCUCCUGCUGCAUUUGCUGGACUGAUGUACUUGUUUGUGAGACAGAAGUACUUCGUUGGCUAUAUGGGGGAAAGGACACAGAGCACUCCUGGUUACAUUUUUGGAAAACGCAUCAUCUCAUUCCUGUUCCUUAUGUCUGUCGCUGGAGUCCUCAACUAUUACCUGGGCCUCUUUUUUGGAAGUGACUUUCAAAUGUAUAUAAAAACCAUCACAAGUACCAUCUCUCCGCUGCUACUUAUUCCUUAAAUCUCUGCAGAGAGGGAGGUGAGAGGGAACAGAAGAGGUCAGCAUGCUUAGCCAAUCAAUAAACAGGAGCAGAUGUUUGAAAUGAACCUACAAAGCUCCUUUUAGAUUGCCAUAAAUCUAAUGCUCCUAGGGACUUUGUAGUUCUGAUUUAACACAGCCCUGAUUUAUGGUGCCCCGUUGGCAUGUCUUGGAAAGAAGAGUAAUAUGUUCUAUGUUCCUGUAAACGUUUAUACAUGGGUUUGGUCACAGAAAUCUUGAGUACAAGGGGAAAAAAAAUACUUUGCCAUCCCUCACUCCCCUGUCCCCAAAUGUAUUUUUUUACAAGAUACAAAGUGCCUGAUUUUGUUAUCUUCAUGAAUUUUGAAUUUCUGCUGCAGCCUAUGGUCUCAUCUGGGCAGAUAUAUCUAUAUAUAGAUAUAGGGUCAGGAGCUUGGCAGCUGUUAUCACUAUCAUGUUAGCUUAGUAUGCGUAACAAUAAAGCGUUUGGCAUAUCUUUCUCUUUGGGGUUGGUUUUGGAGCAUUCUGGUUUUAAAAAUAAAAUUAUU